AGGGAAUACAAAGCAAUAGUCACAGGCAGUUAGCCGUUUCCUGUCGCUUAUCUCACACAGGAGUUUUACCUGUCUAUAAUCUGAUUAGACUCCUGCUGUGCUGUGCUCUGUUUGUUUGCUGGUUAAUUAGUAACUUUGCAUCGUCUGCUCACAGCCCAAAGACAAAUGUGCCUGGGAGGGAUGGGGUUAACCAUUGCUAAUUGUGUUAGGUGUGUAGGUCAUGUGACCUGGACAGUUGCUGUGACCAGUAGGUUGCCCUGUCCCCAAUACAGCCUGAUACUUACAUGAUGGACUUCCUGCUAAACCAGAUCACCGCCAGUCAUCUCAUCACAUUCACCAUCCGCUCUCUACCCAUUUACCCUCCGAUUGUUCUGGCCGGGAUAUUUGCAAACAUAAGAAAAAAAAGAAGAAGAAGAGAAAGAGGCGGGGGUCCCUCCCAUUAGACACACACGGGACUAUACAAGAAGGGCCAGAGGAAGAUGAGGACGAGGACACUGAUGGAGAGAAAACACCAGACGAAGAGCCGGCAAAGCUCUUCCAGCUGGGUGAAAAUGGCACUGACCGGUCUCCUGGGAAGACAAUGGUCUCCAGGACAGAUGGCAAAGAAACGCAGCAGAGACCAACACAAACACCAGCACGUGUGGGAGACGGGGGAGAAGGGACUCGCAGUUCUUCUUUGGGAGAGGUAAUCGUCUCUUCACGGCCCCCUCAUCGCCAGCUCCCUCAUCGUAGCUAUAGCCUGACAGAGAGGAGGAGAAUUGGUAGCAUGACCCACCCUGAGGAUGCCCACUAUCACUUGGUGCCCACUGAUGAGACAGAGGCUGAGACCCUGGCAUCAGCAGACUUGGAAUAUAUGAAGAGUCACCGGUUUGAAGAUCUGCCAGCUGUGCGGAGACAUCUAGUUCGCAAAAACAAAGCACAAGUUAUCCACAUCAACAAGGAACACAGAGAGCGUCUUCAGCAGCACAAGAGUGUGUCCUUACAACCUCACGAGGUGUUUGUGGAGCUCAAUGAGUUAGUUAUGGACAAGCACCAGGAGAUGCAGUGGAAGGAGACGGCUCGCUGGAUAAAGUUUGAGGAGGAUGUGGAGGCAGAAACGGACCAGUGGGGGAAACCACAUGUAGCCUCACUCAGCUUCCGCAGCCUACUGGAACUUAGACGCACACUGUCACAUGGGGCCGUCCUGCUGGACCUUGAUCAGAGGACCCUUCCUGGGAUUGCUCAUCAGGUGGUGGAACAGAUGAUUAUCAGUGACCAAAUCAAAGCAGAGGACAGAGCGAACAUACUAAGAGCCCUUCUUUUGAAGCACAGUCACCCCAGUGAUGAGAAGGACUCGUCGGUCUCUCGGAACAUCUCGGCGGCCAGUCUGGGGUCCCUACUAGUUCCCAGCGCUAAUCAUGUGACCCAGAGCAGUGAACCCAACCUGACGGACCCCCUGAUGGGAGGAGACCCGAGCGAACAUUACACCAAGAUAGAUAUAGAGCGUGAGAGAGAAUCCAUUCCGUCCCUUCCAUCCAUACAACGCUCAAAGUCUAAACAUGAACUGAAACUUCUGGAGAAAAUUCCUGAGGAUGCAGAAGCCAGCGUUGUACUUGUAGGCUGCGUGGAAUUCUUGGAUCAGCCGACCAUGGCAUUUGUGCGUCUGCAGGAGGCAGUAGAGUUGGACUCGGUUCUAGAAGUUCCUAUCCCUGUGCGCUUUCUCUUUGUGCUUCUUGGACCGAGCACAUCUAACAUGGACUACCAUGAAAUUGGGAGGUCGAUAUCCACACUCAUGUCUGAUAAGCCAUUCCAUGAGGCUGCUUACCUUGCUGAUGACCGCCAGGAUCUCUUGAAUGCUAUUAACGAAUUUCUGGAUUGUAGCGUUGUCCUGCCGCCGUCCGAGGUGAUGGGAGAGGAGCUUUUACGGUCGGUUGCCUUAUUCCAGAGGGAAAUGCUAAAGAGACGCCAAGGACAGGAGAAGAAACUACACGAGCAUCUUGCCAUGCCUCAGGACAAAGCAGUUGGUAAGAAGCAGAUAGCAGCUGGUGGUGAUGAUGAUCCCUUGCGCAGAACGGGUAAACCAUUUGGGGGUCUCAUCCGAGAUAUCCAGCGGCGUUAUCCCAAAUAUAUUAGUGAUUUUCGAGACGCUCUGGAUGCUCAGUGCAUGGCAGCUGUCAUCUUCAUUUACUUUGCUGCUCUUUCCCCGGCAAUCACAUUUGGUGGGCUUCUGGGUGAGAAGACUAGGGGUCUCAUUGGGGUGUCUGAGCUGAUAAUCGGCACUUGUUUGCAGGGGGUGAUAUUUUGCCUCCUUGGGGCACAACCGCUAUUGGUGGUAGGAUUUUCGGGGCCGCUGCUGGUGUUUGAGGAAGCUUUUUACACGUUCUGCUCUGCUAAUGGAUUGGAGUACCUGGUGGGUCGAGUAUGGAUUGGUGUUUGGCUGAUCGUGAUAGUAGUGAGUAUGGUGGCCUUUGAGGGGAGCUUCCUGGUACGAUUUGUCUCGCGAUUCACUCAGGAAAUCUUCUCCAUCCUCAUCUCCCUCAUCUUCAUCUAUGAGACCUUCUACAAGUUAUUUAAGGUCUUUCAAGAACAUCCUCUCACAAACUGUAGUUCCCAAAAUCUGACAGAUAAGGUUCUUGUAAAUAUGACCGAUGUCCCCCUAGACAACAGCACCAUCACAGAAGUUCUUGUGACGGUUAAAGGGCAGCCAAACACAGCACUGCUUUCCCUAGUACUAAUGGCAGGCACUUUCUUCAUUGCAUUCUUCCUGCGUAAACUCAAGAACAGCAACUUCUUUCCUGGGCGGGUACGCCGUUUGAUUGGAGAUUUUGGGGUUCCUAUAGCCAUUCUCAUCAUGGUCCUGAUCGAUUUCAGCAUCACCGACACCUUCACUCAGAAGCUCAGUGUCCCCAGCGGUUUUAAGGUGACGUCACCUGAUAAGAGAGACUGGGUAAUCAACCCCCUGGGGUCAGAAGAUGCCUUUCCCAUAUGGAUGAUGUUCGCUAGCUUUCUGCCCGCCAUAUUGGUGUUUAUCCUGAUCUUCAUGGAGACACAGAUAACCACACUUAUUAUCAGUAAGAAGGAGCGAAUGAUGGUAAAGGGUUCGGGGUUCCACCUGGAUUUGCUUCUGAUUGUUUUGAUGGGCGGAGUCAGUGCAUUUUUUGGCUUGCCGUGGUUGGCAGCCACCACUGUUCGCUCAGUGACUCAUGCUAAUGCGCUGACCGUGAUGAGCAAAGCUGUGGCCCCGGGGGACAAGCCAAAAAUCCAAGAAGUUAAAGAGCAGAGAGUCACUGGGCUACUUGUCGCUGUACUUGUUGGUCUUUCUAUAGUAAUCGGAGACGUCCUCAGACAAAUCCCAUUGGCCGUACUGUUUGGAAUAUUUCUUUACAUGGGUGUUACCUCUCUCAAUGGGAUUCAAUUCUACGAGAGAAUCCAGCUGCUAUUGAAACCCCCAAAGCAUCAUCCAGAUGUGACGUAUGUUAAAAAGGUGCGCACUCUGCGGAUGCAUCUCUUCACAGCUCUCCAGCUGGUCUGUCUCGCUGUCCUAUGGACCGUCAUGUCCACAGCUGCAUCACUAGCCUUUCCGUUCAUCCUUAUCCUCACUGUGCCACUGCGUAUAUUCCUGCUCCGGAGAAUCUUCACUACUCGAGAGAUGAAAUACCUGGACGCUGAUGAAGUGGUGCCCAUUUUUGAUGAGCAGGAGGGUGUGGAUGAAUAUAAUGAGAUGCCUAUGCCAGUAUAGCACCAGAUGUGACUGACACAGCUAGCGGAGUGACAACCCCUGAACCAGUGUAUCCCUCUCCACAAUCAUGUGAAUUACAAAUGGUCAAGAAGCUCUUAAAAGCAGUGAGAUGGUUUGUGGUUGUUGGACAUUGCUGCUCCACUACAAGGAUGAGGGAACGGAGCCUGUUGUGAUAUCUCCAGCUAAAGACUGUUUGCUGCUAAAGGGACUGUAGGGCACAAGGCUCUAGACAUUCAAUUGCAGUAACGUCUCACACAAAGCGGGUGGCUUCUGACGCUCUCCCGGGGCAACUGAAGGACAUUAUGGGGCACAGUCUCUGUGUUUAAAGCUCAGAACUUUUAAUUGCAAUGAAGUUGGUGGACAUGGUGUAAUUACUGUCUGCAUAUUUAUAUAUUAAUAUCAUAGCCGAUGGGCCAGAAAUCAAAUGACACAUGCGAAAUAUUUCCUCAUAUACUCAAUAUCAUUAUACAGAGCUGCUGACUUUAGAUAGUGUUGUAAACUCAGCUCACUAUUGCUGUGUAGAUACUCAGUAUUAUUUUAUUUAUCAAAAAUACUCUAAUCAUUAAAUAGAACUUUAUCAUUG